GCUAGCUCAGCGUCAUCAAGAAGUAAGUGAGCGCACAAACGAUCUAAGCCAAGCAGCCAGUAUCCUAACCACCACCAAGUGAGGGCUGAGGACCAACACACACACAGAGUCCUCAGCGAGAGGCAAGGCAGACGGCCGGCAUGUCGAUGAUCACCAGCAUGCUGGGACGCAAGCAGCAGAGCCAGAAGCAGGGCGGCGCGCGCACCGGCGGCGGCGCGGAGGUCGUCGAGCCGGUGAGCAUCGACAUCCUGGAGCCGUUCGUGGAUGCCAUCUCUCUGACGGCGUUCGCGGCGCCGGCGCUGGGCCUGCCGCCGUUCGCGACGGCGAGCAUGGACUGGAAGGAGACGCCGACGGCGCACGUGUUCAUGGCGGACCUCCCCGGGGUGCGCCGCGACGAGGUGAAGGUGGAGGUGGAGGAGGAGAAGGUGCUCAAGAUCAGCGGGCAGCGGCAGCGCGCCGCCGAGGACAAGGGCGACCGGUGGCACCGCGUCGAGCGGAGCUCCGAGCGCUUCGUGCGCACCGUACGGCUGCCGCCCAACGCCAACACCGACACCGUCCACGCCACGCUCGAGAACGGCGUGCUCACCGUCACCGUGCCCAAGGACAACGAACGCAAGGCCUACGGCCGCCUCAUCCCCAUCGCCAACUAGCUCGAUUCAUAACUCGAUCAUCUCGGCCACCUAUCUAUACAAUCGGCGAUGAAGUCGCCACUAGCUACUUCAUCACUUACCGUAAUACAUGAUAGCAUCCGAUCAUGUAUCGAUCAAAUAUAUGAGUGUCAAAAAAAAAAUGCGAGUGUCUCAGUGUUGAAGCAUGCCUAUGUUCUUGGUUGACUAAUAGUAGUAAAGCACGUCUAGAUAUGUGCGUGGGAUACAUGUAGAGAGGAUCAAUAAUUGACUUGCACUGUUGCAUGGUGAAAGACUGAAAGUCCUUUGUGCAGUGGCAUAAUUUGGGGAAUAAAUUCGAGUUUUAUAUGUGGGCUUA